UGCAGUAGUGAAAGUAUCCAUGAGUGCAGCUAUACGAGAUCUACCAUCUGUCAAUGCCCUCUCUUGCAUAGUCAGUCUUGCUCUGACAGAGUCGUUUAUAUCGUGAGAUUCGCAGCAGUCUUUAGUCGAACUCUUCGUAGCUAGUGAUCCUCCUCGUGAGAUAAGAUCUCGUAUCCAACUUGCGAAGGAUAGAACAGAUUCAGCGACAGAAUUCUCGCGGGAUUUUCACGAGUCUCGAAAGUUUCGCGAAAUCGUUGUCACGGCUACAUUGAAAAUCAUGACCAAGAAGCUGUGGGUCAUCCUUAUUGUCGGCUACGCGGUAGCUCUCUCCUCCGAUUUAAGUCCGGAAUACGUGAAGCAAUGCUCGAGGAGCGAUCCAAAAUUGACAUCUUGUUUAAUUGAUGCUCUGCAUCAUUUACGACCUUACUUGAGUGUCGGAAUACCCGAAAUCGAAUUGCCUUCAGUAGAACCAUUUCGUAUGGACGAGCUGACUCUCUCUCUGACAGGUGGUUCAAACGGUUACAAGAUUCAGCUACGCGACCUUUACGUAAAAGGGGCAAGUAACUAUACAGUGGAUGAUAUUAAGCUUGGCUCACCCUUCCAAGCUAUUGUACGAAUGCCAGCCCUUAUACUAGACGCUCAUUAUUCCAGUUCCGGUGUAUUAAUAAUUUUACCCGCAAGUGGAAAUGGCACAUUUCAUGCACGCUUCGGUGAUGCUACAGCUCUAGUCAAAGGGACGGUGUCGACGAAAUCACGAGAUGGAAAAACAUACUUGAAUGUCGAGAACCUCGAUGUAAUACUUGGAGUAAAGGAUGUGCAAAUGCGAGUCAGCAAAAUCUUUAAAAAUAAUCGAAUACUCACCGAAGCAAUCAAUCUCUUCCUACGAGAAAACGGACAAGAGGUAUUGAAAGUGAUGGAACCGCAAUUGAAGAAAAAAUUAUCAUCGCUCUUUGCCGGAAUUGUCAAUCAAUUGUUACGACAUGUGCCAGUAGAAAUGUUCCUUACACCUUAGGAGAUAUCUAUAUUAUAUCUUCAUUAGUGAUUGUUAGCUUUCUCUUAUGAAAGAAACGAUCAAUCUUAAAUAGGAAGGUAAAACUGACAACGCAUUAUGGCAUAAAAAAUAAAAGGUAUCAAGUUUAUUUAAAUUAAAACUAAAGAGGCAUUAAAUUUAGAAUUGUAACCGCAAUUUUUUAACUGUGACUCUUUCAACUUUGAAAUAAACUGUGAUUUUAUUCUGGUAUUUCAGGAAACUUGAUAUUUCUCAUAGUAUUAUAUAUUCACUAAUUUUAUAAAGAGUUUUUAAAUAAUAAAACUGAAAAAAUUGUCACCAUUUUAAAGAGCAAAAAUUUUAUACAUGCUACAUAAAUUGGCUUAUUUACACAAGGAUCGAUUUUUAAAUCCGCUAAUUAAAAUGCCGCAAUGACAUAAUAAUAAUGUGCUACUUUUGUGAUUGUUUCUCGUUGGAAACAAAAUAUUAAUUAUUAAUUCAUUUUUGUUAAAGUAUUAAAUUAAUAUAUAUUUUAUUUAAUUCAUUAUUCAAUCAUCGAACAAAUGCGAAACAAACAAUUGUAUCGAAAGAUUAAAAUAUAAUAUUCAUUGAGGCAUAUUCUUAGGCGAAAAAUAACACAUGUUGACAGAAAACAUUGUUACUUAGAUUAGUAAAACUUUGGUGGUAUGUAC